ACACAAUGAUGGGAACUUCAAACAAUGACAUUUCCCAAGAAAACUUGUCAGCUUGGCAAUUAUUUGCCACACCCAAAUUUCAUGCAUUACAUACGAAAUCCAUGCUUCUAAUCCUUGUACCUCCCACUUACAAGGUCAAUUAUGUCAUUAGAGUACAACUUUUAAUUCCUGUUCCAUAUGGUUUUCACUAACAUAUCCUCAGAGUAUACCAAACCUAUCAUUAAAAAAAAAAAAGCAAAAAUGGAAAACGAAAACAUCUCAAUAAAGUUGCUGGUUGCAUGUAUGCUGUGACCCCAUCAUCUACCUAAGUCUCCCUUCUCUCUUUCCUUGUGUUUCUUUCUUCCUCUGCUUGUAUCUAAUUUGCCAUUGAAAAACACCAUCAGAUUCAAGCAAAACUCCCCAAAUUUAAAAAACCUAAUCAGCCAAAUCCAUGUGAAAUUUCAUUCAUUUACUAACCAUUUCAAGUUUCAAACUUUCCCCUUCAAAACCAUGACUUUACCUCAACGUUAACCUCCCGCAGACUCAGAAGCUGAAGGAAGACAGGAAGGAAAAAGCUUUAUCUUUAUUUCUGGUUUCUGCAAACCCAUCAGGAAAACCCUGAAAAAUUAAGACCCAGAAUUGUUUUCCCAACAAAAAAGCAUAAAAAAGAAUUUUUUAUUUUUUGUAAAAAUUAGAAAUUUAAGGGAAAUGCCAAGCGUGGCUGUGAAAUUGUACAGUGUAUUCUUCAAGUUCCUAUUGAAGCACCGUUUGCAGAACCGGAUCCAAACCCCUCUCGACCAAUCCUCCAAUCCAUACGGUGUCACGACCCGACCUGAAGAAUCAGUUUCCGCCUCCAAUCCUUCUUUCACUGACGGUGUCGCCACUAAAGACAUCCACAUCGACCCUUUCACUUCCCUUUCUAUACGGAUCUUCCUCCCUGAAUCGUCCCUAUCCCCUCCAGAACAACCCGAGCCGAAAUCCAAGCCCAAGUUGUCCCAACAAGAUGACCCCAAUUACCUUAUUCAUCGGAGGAAUAGUUAUGGGCCGCCUAAUAUCGGAGCCCCGAAAAAUGAUCCAAGAAGAAGCAGUUUUGAAGUGUUGAAUUUAAGAUCCGAAAACAAUGCUUAUCGAGGUUAUUCACCAUUUCCUCAAAAUUGUCGAAAAUUGCCGAUAGUGUUACAGUUUCACGGCGGCGGUUGGGUGAGUGGGAGCAAUGAUUCGGUUGCCAACGAUUUCUUUUGUCGUAGGAUAGCGAAAUUGUGUGAUGUUAUAGUUGUGGCGGUCGGUUAUAGGUUGGCGCCGGAGAAUAAGUAUCCGGCGGCGUUUGAGGAUGGAUUGAAGGUGUUGAAUUGGUUAGGAAAGCAAGCGAAUUUAGCGGAGUGUAGUAAGUCGAUGGGGAGUGGGGCGCGUGGGGUUGGAGCAGAGUUUACGAAGGCUGAAGUUCAGAGACAUAUUGUGGAUGCCUUCGGGGCUUCUAUGGUCGAGCCGUGGUUGGCCGCUCAUGGAGAUCCGUCAAGAUGUGUUCUACUUGGGGUGAGUUGUGGAGCAAACAUCGCAGAUUAUGUGGCUCGCAAAGCUGUUGAGGCUGGCAGGCUUCUGGAUCCUGUCAAGGUUGUAGCACAGGUCCUAAUGUACCCAUUCUUCAUUGGAAAUGUUCCCACACAGUCCGAAAUAAAGUUGGCAAACUCCUACUUCUAUGACAAGGCAAUGUGCCUACUUGCAUGGAAACUCUUUCUUCCCGAGGAAGAGUUCAGCCUUGACCACCCAGCUGCCAAUCCACUCAUCCCAAACAGGAGCCCACCUCUGAAGCUCAUGCCCCCAACACUGACAGUUGUAGCAGAACAUGACUGGAUGAGAGACCGGGCCAUUGCUUACUCAGAGGCGCUUCGGAAGGUAAAUGUUGAUGCACCUGUUCUUGAGUAUAAGGAUGCAGUUCACGAAUUUGCAACCCUUGACAUGCUUCUAAAGACCCCUCAGGCUGAGGCCUGUGCCGAGGACAUUGCCAUCUGGGUUAAGAAGUACAUCUCAUUGCGAGGUCACGAGUUCUCUUAUUAAGUGGAAGGUUUCAAAUGUGGAAACAGAUUUGUGGCAGAGCAUCAUCCACCAGCAUCAUUUUCUGUUAUUCAGUUGAAAGAGAAUGAUGCAACGUUACCUCACACAGGAUGGGAAUAAUAUAUUGCAUUUGUUCUUUCUCGCUAAUCCAUCAUCUACUUUCCAAAUAUCCUGUUCUGUUAUUUUUGUAAGAUAGAGAACUUUUCCGAUUGUAGAUUAGUGAGCUGUGAGAUGAGAUUACUCCUUUUUGAGUGUUGCACACCACAUUGGGAUGUUGUCAGUAACAUUUUUUUCCUGUGAAUUAUAAUGUACUAUUUCUCCUGAAUAGACAGUUUUAUUCAAUGGCAACUUACCAUGCAACCAUCAAGCUUGUGCCAUAUAGAUCUUCUCUUUGUUUUCAACUUUACACUGUCAACCUUGAAAUACUUUUGUCUGAUUGGAAAAAUUGCAGAGAUAAACAAUUUUGGAUCCGGUUUUCACAAAUUCUAUGAUCUCCAAAUUGUCCAAUGGAUGAUUCAUCAAGGAUAAGGACAUCCAAUUAAUACCAGCACAUUGUGACUACCAAGGCUGGGAGUAAUUUGGUAGGCAUACAAGAAGUUAAACUCCAAUAUGUUAUCAUCAUUGGCAGAAUCUUGUCUGCGGUGCAAUGCUUAGUUGUUUCUUGUUAUGUCCUAUGUCUGUUACAUUGUUGACAAGACAAUGAUUUUAU